GGCCCUCAGAGGUCCUCCCCUCCCCGGUAGGGCAGCGUCGCAGCGACGGCGCCGCCGCCGUCGCCCUCCCUCCCGGAUUCCCUUCAAACCGGGACCUGGCCGCCGCCCCCAAAUCCCUUCCCUUCCCCUUCAAAUUUGGCCGCCUAUUUUUAUCUCCUCCCCUCCCCAGAUUGCUGUAUAUCCCACACCGCAAGAAGAAGAGACGGAUUCCCCUGCAGAUUCAUCCCCUUCCUUCCUUGCCUCCACCGCUCCCUCCCUGGAGCAAGGAAGCAGGCGGGCACCGGCUGCCGUCCACGGGGCUCGGCUGUCAACCCACCCCACCUUGGCAGCCACCCCACAAUUCCGCCGCCCCCAGCUUCUCCGGCCACCCACAGCCAGGAGACCAACCAGGGCAGCAGGGGAAGGAAGGACAAGCAGAUAACAGACGCCAGCUCCUCCUCCUCCUCCUCCUCCUCAUUGGCAGAAUCUGAUUGAUUGAUUGAUUUCUGAGAGGCACCAAAAGGGACAUGGCAUCCUUCCACCGGCCCCUCUCCGCCAUGGCGGUCGCCGCCUUCGCCGCCGUCUCCUCCAUCGAGCUGCCCGACAAACUCUCCCACCACCACAGGCUCCCCGACGAUGUCGUGUCGCUUCCCGCCAGCAAACCAGAGGCCAACACAGCCCCUUCAGCCCCGCCGCUGUCCGGUCUGCAGUUCAUGCCGCGGAAUCUCCAGGCUUUCGAUCCGGCCAAGGCGCCCGUCGCGUCCCUGCCGGUCAUCCAGACGGUGUACCAGUACGCCAAGUUUGCCAAGACCUCGUCGGAACAAGAGGCGGCGUUACCGGCCAUCCCUUCCUCCUCGUCGGAUGCUCUGUACCGCUGGCAUCUGCCGGACCCGAGGGCGUGCAGCGGCUCGCAUAACAGGUCCCAGACGGUGGUUGUUCUGCUCGGGUGGCUUGGCUCGAAGCAGAAGCACCUGAAGAGAUACGCCGAUUGGUACACCUCCAGGGGUUUCCAUGCCGUCACCUUCACCCUCCCCAUGUCCGACAUCGUCAGCUAUAAUGUCGGAGGGAAGGCUGAGAAGAACGUGGAGAUGCUCUCUGAACAUCUUGGUGAUUGGGUCAGGGAGGAGGACGGGAAGAAGAUUGUUUUCCACACUUUCAGUAACACCGGCUGGCUUUGCUAUGGCGUAAUACUGGAGAACUUGCAGCGGCAGGAUCCUUCAGCAGUGGAGAAAAUCAAGGGUUCCAUAAUCGAUUCAGCGCCUGUUGCUGUUCCGGACUCUCAGGUGUGGGCUCUAGGUUUCUCAGCUGCUAUCAUGAAGAAACACAGUGUGGCAACAAAAGGCGCUGCACCAAAUACAAGGUCUGACGUCGUAGUUGUGGAGUCUCACAAAGAUAUCAGACCAGCAGCUACCGAGGCGGUUCUACUAUCUGCAUUGGAAAAGUUUUUUGAUCUUGUUCUGAACUAUCCGGCCGUAAAUAGGAGGCUGUCUGGUGUUAUGGAGCUUCUGUCCUCAAACCAACCAAACUGCCCUCAGCUAUACAUAUACAGCUCUGCCGAUCGGGUUAUCCCAGCGAAGUCAGUGGAGUCAUUUGUGGAGAGGCAACGAAAAGCAGGUUGUGAGGUUAGGUCGUGCGACUUUGUGUCAUCCCCUCACGUCGACCACUACCGCAGCAAUCCGGGGCUCUACACCUCUCAGCUGACCAACUUCUUGGAGGACUGCGUGCUGGCCCGACGCGAGGACUCCUCGUCGCCGUCACCGUCUGCAUAGGGUGUUUCUGCAGCAAUACCAACAUAUUCUUUCCUGGUGAUCCAUUGAAAUGUACCAGGAUUAUACAUCGGCUAAUUAUACAUCUGAUCCAAUUUACUCGUUCCUUGUUGGUUCGCUUGUGGGUUUACUUUAGGAGGCACAACUGUAAAAAACGUGAGAAGAAAAGCAAAACAAAAUUGUGGUUGGCUUGCUUGCUGUUGGUUCCAAUGCAGAAACCAUUUAUUUGUGUGGA